AUGAGCGCGGGGUCGACGCCAACCGCCAGUAGCGAACACGCCUGCACGCCGAUCGCCGGCGCACUUACGUACCGCGAUAUCUGCGCGCGAUUUGCGCAUUCGAAACUACAGCGCCCCCACUUUCGACCGUUAUACAUUUGGACAUUCUCCGUCCACUCCGGUAGUGUCUGUGUUCUAAGUAGUCAAGGAUUCGCGACGUUCCACAGAAACGAUCGUACCAGAUUUUAUUGCUCAUACGGUGAAGCUGAAGAUCUUGUCAUAGUGCCCCAGUACACAGAAAACAAGAAAAUGGCACUAAUACUGCAAUAUAUAAAUGAUAUGCACGUUUUUAUGGAUAAAUAUGGAGAUCCUCGGACAAAUCCAUGGUUCCUGAUGAGUUCCCCGUUUCCUACAUUAUUAAUAUGUCUAAGUUAUAUUUAUCUAGUCAAGGUCCUAGGCCCUCGUUUUAUGGAAAACAGAAAACCAUAUGAAUUAAAAAAUGUAUUAAUAGUUUACAACUUUUUACAAGUACUAUUUAGUGCAUGGCUAUUCUAUGAGAGCUUGAUGGGAGGCUGGCUGAAUCAUUACAGCUACCGUUGCCAACCCGUGGACUACUCUGACAAUCCUAUAGCUAAUAGAAUAGGGGCCGCUGGCUGGUUCACAGGGAGGUAUAGCUUUCAGUGUCAGCCGGUCGAUCACUCGAAAAGUCCACAAACAAUGAGGAUGGUUCAUGCUUGCUGGUGGUACUAUUUCUCAAAGUUCACUGAAUUCUUCGAUACGAUCUUCUUUGUGCUAAGAAAGAAAUUCGAUCAUGUAUCGACCUUGCACGUUAUUCACCACGGGGUCAUGCCGAUGUCUGUGUGGUUUGGAGUGAAGUUCACUCCGGGCGGUCACUCCACGUUCUUCGGCCUUUUGAACACGUUCGUCCAUAUUAUAAUGUACGCGUACUACAUGUUGGCAGCUAUGGGCCCGCAAGUGAGGCGGUACCUGUGGUGGAAGAAGUAUUUGACUACGUUGCAAAUGGUUCAGUUCGUCGGUAUCAUGGUACACGCAUUCCAACUGCUAUUCAUCGAGUGCGACUACCCGCGCGCCUUCGUGUGGUGGAUCGGAAUGCACGCUGUCAUGUUCUUCUUCCUGUUCAAAGACUUUUACAACCAGUCUUACUCCAAGCCCAAGGUUCGCGCGAAAUCGCCACAACCGGUCACAACGGAGAUCGAGGACGACGUGAAUUUGUACACGAACGGGUCAGUAAAGAACGGGUACAGCAACGGACACACGAACGGGCUGGUGCGGGCGCGCACCGUGCUGCCCGCCGGCAAC